GCGUUGACGAAAUCAGGAGUAAUGUUUAUGUCGCCACAUACUUAAACGUUAGCGGUUAGACUGUUUUUGCGCUCCUGUUUUUGAUAUAUUGCGUUUCCCUGGUUAUUGAGGAGGAUGCAGACUGUCGGCCGCUUGUGUCGGAGUUUACACGCUCGUUUGACGCCCUCUCGACUCUGUGUUGCGCUCAACUAUCGUCCUGACAGCGCCAGACAAAACCACCGGAGAGGUUUUCGUGUUUUGUUAGCAGAUGUGAAGGACAGAUGUGAAGCGGACAGAUGUGAAGCUCGUGUCAGCAGCUGCAGAGUAUUUUCAACUUCACCGAGUAUCAGAAGUGACGCUGUCGGAAAGAUCCAGCCCAAACAUUAUCAGCUGGUUUACACGUGCAAGGUUUGCUCCACGAGGUCCUCACAGAAGAUAUCCAAAGUGGCUUAUCACAAAGGAGUCGUGAUCGUGACAUGUCCAGGAUGCGAGAAUCACCACAUCAUCGCUGAUAACCUCAACUGGUUCUCUGACCUGGAGGGGAAGAGAAACAUCGAGGAAAUCCUCGCUGCCAAAGGAGAGACUGUGAGGAGGAUAGAAGGAAGUGCUGCUUUGGAGAUACUGGCGGAUGAAUCCAGCAAAGACGAGUCACAAUGCAGCGAAGACGCAGAGACAUCAGACAGAAAUCCAGAAAAACCAUAAUUCUAUGUUUGUAUUGUAUGUAUUUAUUUUAAAAUGUUUAUAUUUCAUUCCAUAAUAAAGACACAUCUUUUAUAUGUGCAUCGUCUCUUUGAUGCUGAACCUUUUCA